ACACAAUAUGUUUUCCAUGUCAAGGGUUUUCCGCAGCAGCAUAAAAUGUGUAGCGGAACAUAUUUUACCAAAAACAAAUUGUGUUGAAUUCUCCCAUUUGCAAAUUAAAACACAGCGUUUUAAUUUUGUAAAGAAGCCAGUGACAUUUCAAAGCUCAAAACUGAUUACCCAUUAUAGGGGCAUGGGGACAUCAAUCGCAAUAAAACAGGAUAAUAACAGAUUUUACAUUGAAAUGAACGGAACAGUUGCUGAGUUAAGAUACAACGUUGUCGACGGAGUUAUGGAAAUGAUACACACAGAAGUUCCUAAAAAAUUGGGCGGACAUGGUCUGGGCAAGCUAUUGGCUAAGGAAGCAUUGCAUUUUGCAGUACAACAUGACCUGCGUCUUAAAAUAUCUUGUGAUUUCGUUGGAUAUUACAUUAACGAACAUGAGCCACGUUAUCUGAAAUAUGUCUUUUAAUAACUGUGUAAUCGAUUAAUAAAUCCAAUGACUAUAAAUAUGGACUCUAACGACUAUAAGAGCUUAGUACUUUACUAUGGAAGACUACGAUUUUAUAAUUCAAUGCAGAAAAUUGCAUUAGACGGAUUAGCAAAAUUCCCAAUACAAUCGGAAUUUAGAUUGUUUAAUGGCAUUGCACUUGCCUUGGGAAAUCGAAUGCAGGAGUGUAUUCGUGAAUUGAACCCACUGAAAAAUGAAUCGGAAUUGGGUUUGGCGGCUACAAUGACACUUAUAUACGCUCACAAACAUUGCCGUCUAAAAGAUCUCGAAGCAUUGCAAGCACUUGAGCAUCGAAUAGAGGAUGGAAAUAAUACAAUCAGCGCCUCUUCAUGCUACUAUAUAGCUGUAUUCCUCUUUUUAAUUGGCGAUUUCGACUCGACUUUCGAUUAUAUAGGAAGGGCUAUGAGAAUAGAUGCAAAUUUCGAUGCGGCGUUAGUCUUAAAAGCAUGGACCGAACUGUCUUCGAGUUCGGAUCGGUCUGCCAAUGGAAAAUUGCAAAACAUGCUCGAAGGGUGUAUUUCUCGCAGCAAUGGAAAGAAUAUUGACGCCACGCUAGCACUUGUGCGAUUCUUUCAAAAACGUCGGCAAUUCGAAGCGUCGCUGCUACUGAUCAAUAAGCUGAGCAUACGGUUUCCCGACAUAAGUAUACCGCUCAUUGAGAAAAUGGAAACCCAGAUGGCUGCACUGGACUGGGAUUACUCGCUGGAUACUGCCAUUCGCGUAAUCAAUAUGGAGCCCUUUAAUGUGGCAGCGCUGCGCACUAAGGGAUUGUUGCAUAUUGUAAGGGAAAGCAAUUUAAAAGCCGGCACAUCUACUCUUCAACAACUACUUAUUUCUAUAGAGCGCAUUGAGCCCGGCAAUCAUACACUUCUCAUUGAAAUAUGUCAAUUAUUUUCUCGUAUUUGCUCAAGAAAUUUGGAAUUGCUCCAAUUGACUCUGCGAUGCGUCGAAAAAGUGAUUGAUCAGAACCCUGGCAAUGUGAGCCUUUUAACCGAAUUGGGUCAUCAAAAAUUACUACUAAAUAAUGUUGCCGAUGCUGAGGUAGCAUUUCGUGCUGCUUGUAAUAUUGAUAGCAGCAACUUUGAUGCCCUCUGUGGCUUAACUUUGUGCAAACUGAAAACACUUGGAGAUGUAGAGAGCAUGCCACAGAUAAGACAGCAGUUAGCAUAUCUUACACAACUUACUGAUAAUAAACCUGAGCCUAUGGUUAUGUAUAUGUCGGCUUUGUUGAAUGAACCGAAGGAGCCGCAAUCUUCGUCAGUGCAGUUGUUGGUGAAAGCAGCUGAUCUACAUUUAAAAAAAUUUAGUGUGUUUCCUUUUGGUGUUGAAUACGUAUGUGCCAUGAAUCCGGAUUUUAUGCUUCUGCUAUGUGGGGAACUCAUUCGUUACACUCCUGCUCCAAUAAGGGAAGCUCACCAGGAACUGGACCUGGGUCAUGAAUCAUUACACAUUACCCUCAAGCACAGUCUCAACAUACUGGAAAUCAUAUUAAAUAUAUGUCCCGGACAUCAAGGGGCCCUCUUUUUGCGAGCAAAGGUUGAUUUUCUAUGUGGCGAAUAUUCAAAGGCCAUAAGUCGUCUACAGCAAAUUCUUAAAUUGUUUGGAGAUACUUUCACUGAAGCACAUCUACUCUUGGCUCAAAUACUAGUAGAGACAAAACAGUAUCCCAAGGCAUUAGAGUAUCUAGAACUGUCUCUGGCACAAACCUUUACAGUCCGUGAACGGCCCAUGUACCAUCUUCUAAAGGGCAUCAUACUGAAGCAUCAAAAUAAACUAUCAGAGGCACAUCAGUGCUUUCUUUACGCAUUGCAGUUACUUGGAGGGAUGUCUACAAGUCUCCAGUUCCAUGAUUUUGUUUCGCAAACUGAUAACACUUUAUCCAGUUCCGAUAAAAUGACAUUGUACAUUGAGCUAAUCUAUGUUCUUCGCGAUAUUGGAGAUACACAAGGCAUUUUCGAAAGCGAACGAAUUUUACAAUAUGCCGCGGAGGAAUUUAGUGAUACCCCCGAGAUUGGUCGUUUAGUUAUCGCACACUCGCAGCUAAUGCUUGAGAAGUGCAAUGUUAGCGAAGCAAUAAGUCUGCUCUCCACAAUUAAGCCAGACCAACCAUACUUUAUUCAGGCCAGGACACAUUUGGCCAAUAUUUACCUACGACACCAAAAGGAUCGCUCCGCAUUCUCCAAGUGCUUUAAGGAAUUGGUUGAAGCUCGACCAGAGUCUAAAAGCUUUUUGAUGUUAGGAGAGGCGUAUCUAUCAAUUCAAGAGACAGACUUGGCCAUUGAUGCAUAUAAAAAAGCAUGCAAUAUUUGUCCUUCAAAUACACUCUUAAUCAGAAAACUUGGAAGAGCUUACGUUAAAAGUCAUCACUAUGCCAAGGCUUUAAAGUACUACCAUGAAGUGAUACAAAAUCCUGAGUGCAGUGCCUUAAAAUUGGAUUUGGCCGAGUUAUUUUUGCAACUAAAGCAAUUUCAGAAUGCUGUGAAAAUAUUAACUGAUGGUCAUAAUGAUAAAACUAACGAUAUCAGCUUUACAGAUCUACAACUACGAACAAAGCAACUGUUACUACUGGCUCGUGUCCAUGAGAAAUCUGGAAACAUUCUUGAAUCGUUGACAACACUGCAAGAUGCUCGGGAUAAUCAAUACCGAGUUCAGAAACUUUGUACUGUGGAGCAAUCAGAAAGCCCUUACGAGCAGUCUAAAAUGUUAUCAAAAAUAUGUAUUCUAAUCGCGCAACAGGCAGUUAAAAUGAAAAACACCGAACUAGCAUUUGAACAUUUCAAGGAAUGUAUUAAAUAUACUCCAAAUGAUAUUGAGAUAUUGGUCUCUCUGGCUCAACUCCAAAUGCAGUCGAAGGAAAUGGAUAUGUGUCGUAAUACUUGUUUACAGGUUCUUCAAAUUGAUAGCAGUAAUGAUGCAGCCUUAGUGUUGAUGGCAGACUUGUCUUUUAGAAAGAUGGAAUUUAAAAAUGCAGCGUACCAUUUUUCACAGCUCAUAUUAUCUCAGCCUUGCAAUUGGACAGCUUUGGCCCGUCUAAUUGAAGUUAUGAGGCGUUCCGGUACUUUGUCUGAGAGUUUACCCUUUUUACAACGAGCUGAACAGUCAUCUAUAAAGUCAAAGAACUCUCCAGGGUUCAAUUACUGCAAGGGUUUAUUCGAAUGGUAUAACGGAAAUCUUAACUGCGCGUUGCGAUAUUUUAAUCUAUCUCGCAGAGAUCAUGUGUGGGGUCAGCAAGCUAAACUCAAUAUGAUUGAGAUAUGCAUUAAUCCAGACGAUGAAAUACCGAGCGCAAAUGAUCUAUUUGAGGCUGGAGACAUUGGAGAGCUUAGUGAAUCCCGUAUAAUUGCUCUGCGAACAGCCGAUCGUUUGCUCAAGGAAAUGCGUCCUCGAUCUGGAGAAAUCUAUGAAACUGCAUUAAAUCGCCGAGUUCUUUGGAAUUUUCUACAAAUGGCGUCGAAACAAAAGCUUCAAGUUGAAUCAGCACUAAAAGAUCUGACUGAGCUUAUGCAGAAUGAAGGAAGCCCAUUAACGAUUACUGUUGUGUACGCUAUAGCCUUGGCUUUAGUUCAGCUAAAGCAACUUCAGCGAGCAAAAAAUCAACUCAAACGUGUAGCUCGACUUAAUUGGAAUUAUGAGGAAGCUGAGUAUUUAGAGCGAAGCUGGUUGCUACUUGCUGAUAUUUAUAUUCAUGCCAAUAAAUUGGAUGCUGCCGAGACAUUUGUGGAGCGUGUUUUGGAAUAUAAUAAAUCAAGCACAAAAGCUUACGAACUGGCUGGAUAUAUUGCAGAAAAGUUGCAGUCCUACAGCGAUGCCACCGAACAAUAUCAAAAGGCCUGGGAAAGCUGUGGCCGUUCUAGACCACAUAUUGGUUACAAAUUAGCAUUGAGCAAUAUGAAGAAAAAGAAUUAUGCGAGCGCUGUUAAUGUUUGCCAACAAGUUUUAAAAUUACACCCAGACUAUAACAUCAUUCGUAAGGAUAUACUUGAGAAAUGCCGCAAUAAUUUAAGAACAUAAAUGCACAGCGGCAGAAGCGCUUGGCAGCCGAACGGCUUCUUUAGGUUUAGAUAUAAUUUCAUACAGCACUUCACGUUUCAAAUAAAUAACACAUCUUAUUACUGA